AUGAGUUUCAAGAAGAGCAAGCUCGACCUUCUCAUCCGUGUCCGAUAUUCAAACCCUCUCCCGGCACCACCAUGUCCUCCCAAAUUGCUCGACACGCCCACCGACCCCAUGCGCUAUGCACGACCAGAAUUUCUGGACGACAUUGCCGCAGACACACCCUUGCCCAUGAUUGUCGACGGAGACCUCGGCAUGCCAUUGGACUUAUCGCGAUGGGAGUGUUUGUGGGGGGAGAACGGUGACGACUCUGAACUCAACCCGGAUCCUGACAAUCCGCCGGUGCUCGAUCCGAAAGACGAAUUAUUACUCGCAGACCCUUCCACGUCUACUCCAUUCAGCAGUAAUGGAUUCAGCACGUCAGGGCUGACACCAUCGUCCUCACAGACAAUGAUGCCCAACGUACCGUGGCUACGGAAAACAGAGUACCUCAGCCGCGAGGGAGUUACCCGAGCCUCGCUCUCACAAGAGGCUAAACACAACAUGGAUGCUGCUAUUGACAUCUCACGGUCGGCGCAGAUACGCGAUAUCGAAGCGUCGUUCGCCGUGACAGAGAACUUCGAUUUGAAGACAUUAAGACAUCCCAAUAAGCCCAAUGUCACAGCUGUGGAGUCAUACGAGAUCUUCCCCGACGCGGAGAUCUGGGCAAACGCGUACGAUCUGUUCAGAUUCUCAGAGCGGCCUGGGGAGCGGCCACCAGAUGUGGAAGAUCCACGACUGGAUUGCGCCAUCUUGCGGCCCAUGGAGUCGGACGGGGACCAUUUCUUGGCGUACUACCUCACAAAAGAAGACGAACUCGCGGUCGAGUUCAAGAAAAUGCGGCUGGCGCGGUCACCAGACGCGACGGAGGAAGAGGAGCCGACACCGUUCCAUUUCGUCCGAGAUUACGAGACUGUCAAAGUGGAGCAGGAAGUGCCGAACGAGUUCCUGCUCGUUAUCGACGACGGAGAUGAAGACCUCGCCGACGAGGGCGACGAAGAUACAAAACACAGGAAGAGCAGGCCAAAGGGCGCGUAUUAUAAGAAUAUCGAGCGGAAGAUGUUGCUCAAGAAGAAGCGUAAUAAUGCAUAUGAGGCGUACUUGGACAAGUGGGACGUGAUUAACAUAACACAUGCGCGGAUGAGCCAGGAAGAAGAGACCGAGCGAGAGGAGGUGCUUGCGGAGGUCAUGGACCCCAUGUACCUUCUCUCGCGUGGCGACGCGGAUGCUGAAGGGGAGGUGGACGAUUCGAUACCGCUUGACGCGAACGGUGCCUCAGGCGGCGGCGGUCUCACGGAGGAUGCACUGGAGGUAUUUGGCGAGGAGUAG